CUAAUACGUAUGAAAGUGCUCCACCGCCGCAGCAACUCUCAACUGGCAUCUUUCUUCUCGAACUCUCUUCUCUCCAUCCAUCAUCCCCUUUGAACCGUUGAUCCCCUCCGUUUCAAAGCAAAAAGCAAAUACACAAUCACUUAUAUAUACCCAUCCACAUAAUCAAAAUGCCUAGCUCUCUCGAUCAACUCAAGGCCGCUGGCACCACCGUCGUCGCCGACUCUGGUGACUUUGCUACCAUCAAGAAGUACCAGCCCCAGGAUGCGACGACCAACCCUUCGCUCAUCCUCGCCGCCUCCAAGAAGCCCGAGUACGCCAAGCUGAUUGACGCCGCUGUCGCAUACGGCAAGAAGAACGGCACCGACAUUGAGAACCAAGUCGAUGUCACUCUCGACAAUCUCCUUGUCCAGUUCGGCAAAGAGAUCCUCCAGAUUGUCCCCGGCAAGGUCUCAACAGAGGUCGACGCCCGCUUCUCCUUCUCCACCGAGCAGUCUGUAAACAAGGCCCUCCGCAUCAUCGACCUCUACAAGGAGGCUGGCAUUGACAAGGAGCGCGUUCUCAUCAAGCUCGCCUCGACAUGGGAGGGCAUCAAGGCUGCUGAGAUCUUGCAGUCCAAGCACGGUAUCAACUGCAACCUUACCCUCAUGUUCUCUCAGGUUCAGGCCAUUGCUGCCGCUGAGGCCGGUGCUUACCUCAUCUCUCCUUUCGUUGGCCGUAUCCUUGACUGGUACAAGGCCGCUAACAAGAAGGAGUACACCAAGGAGGAGGACCCUGGUGUCAAGAGCGUCCAGCAAAUCUUCAACUACUACAAGAAGCACGGCUACAACACCAUUGUCAUGGGUGCCUCUUUCCGCAGCAUUGGCGAGGUCACUGAACUUGCUGGCUGCGACUACCUGACUAUUGCCCCCAACCUGCUCGAGCAACUCUACAACUCGGAGGAUGAGGUCCCCAAGAAGCUCAUUGCCGAGGAUGCUAGCAAGCUUGACAUUGAGAAGAAGAGCUACAUCAACGACGAGGCCGAGUUCCGCUUCUACUUCAACGAGGACCAGAUGGCCGUCGAGAAGCUCCGUGAGGGUAUCUCGAAAUUCGCCGCUGACGCAGUUACUCUCAAGGAUAUCCUCCGCGAGAAGAUCCAGGCGGCAUAAAUUGCAGGUCCGAUACCGGCCCAGAGAUGAGUUUACGAUAUAAUUAGCUUUUUUUUCACUCCAGCUCGAGCAUUGAGACUUGAUAGGAGGUUCGGAUGGCACGUAGAUAA